AUGAAAGUCCAAGCUGACAUUUCACGGUCCCUCACGCGUGAAAAGUCGAUAGAAUUUCCCCAUGGGUGGGGUUGGGUACCUAUCAGCAAUGCGAGCGCAUUUGGAAAUAUAAUUGUUAAAGCAUUAUUGAAUGAAUUUCCGUUUCCAUUCACCAUAACACUCGUUCAAUUAUUAAGUAUAUGGGUCUAUAGUAUACCAUUAUUAAAAAUAUGGCAUGUACCUCAGCCAGAUUAUUUACAUCAAAAUAGAAUUUAUUAUUUCAAAAUUAUCAUUCCGUUAUCCGUAGGAAAAUUUUUGGCACAGUUAUCUUCACAUGUAUCAAUAUGGAAGGUACCUGUCUCAUACGCUCACACAAUCAAAGCAACCAUGCCAUUAUUCACUGUGAUUCUUACAAGAGUUAUUCUAGGAGAAAAACAAUCAUUUCCGAUUUAUGCAUCUCUUAUUCCAAUUAUUAUUGGCGUUGUCAUAGCUACUGCUACAGAGUUAUCCUUCAAUAUGGUUGGUCUCAUCAGUGCCCUACUAUCUACAUUUGGCUUUUCAUUACAAAAUAUUUAUUCAAAAAAAUCUCUCAAGGACAUAUCGAUUCAUCAUUUAGCAUUGUUAGUUAUUUUAGCCAAAAUUUCUUCGUCAUUAAAAAUUAUCGCAUAUUUAUUUAUUGAUGGUAUCCUAAAUUUCAUUCAUAAUGUUGUGGCAUUUACAAUGAUUUCAUUAGUAUCACCGCUCACUUAUAGUAUAGCCAAUAGUUCGAAACGAAUUGUUGUGAUUGGUGCUUCAUUAUUCUUAUUUAGAAAUCCAAUAACAAACACAAAUCUUAUUGGAAUGAUAACUGCAUUGUUUGGCGUCUUUAUGUAUAAUAAGGCAAAAUAUGAUCAACGUCGAAAACAACGUAAAGAAGUCGUACUACCAUUCGUGGAUGGUGAGUCAAACUUAACUGUUGGCAAUGAUUCUCUAAAUCUGGAUACAGUGCAACAUCUACAUGUCUCUCAUAAUGGUCUGAAUAUGAGUCCUGAUUUAACAUCUCGACAUCAUCAAUUAGUACCUCAACCGAUGUCAUCGACAUCUUUAAAAAUUCCACAUUAUGCAUCUCAAACAUUUAAAAGUGUCUAA